AUGACAGACGUCGAUGUCUUCCGCGAUGCAGAGUACAUCGCUGACGUGUCAAGAGUACCCCUCUUCGAUGACGCGGAAAGCGAUUCACCAGCCGGAACUGGUCCGCCCAGCGCCCAGGAUCGCAGUCGCGUAAGGAAAGCCCAGUCUACGGCAAAGAUCGCUUUCAUCGACCGGUUACUUCGGGACCUGGACAUUCUCAUUUACUGCCAAUUGUCAGCGCUGUAUUAUAUGGACUGCUCUGUUAUUUUGUUUGCCAUUCGUGCCUUUGUCCAACUUAUCUUCUUCACACCUAAAGCCGCGCCCUUCGAACCUACCCGCAAUCAACCGUUCGUGUCUGCUAUUAUCGGCAGCAACUUGCUCUGCAUCCUCUUUCAUGCCUUCAUUAUAAACCCCGAAGCUGGAGAAGCUACUCGCGGCUACCUACAUGGCGGAGUGUUCAUCGACUUCAUUGGACAGAAGCCCGUUCCUGCAUUCCGACUCAUAUCCUUCGAUAUUCUCAUCUUCCUUGUCGACUUCCUCAUGUUGGGAUUGAUUAUUGAGCGAGUAAAGACGGCCGCCCUGAACCCCUCUUCAACAACUACAACCACGACCACUGCUUCAACGAAUGCCGAGGCGGGGGAAGCCGGAGAGUCUGGCCAGACGGAGGGGCAAGAUCACGACGCAGAGGAGCGAGGAGUUGUACGCGGAACCGAAGAAGCUGAUGCCGAUAUAUCCACAACCCCACCCGUUAUUGAAAUUGAUGAUGAUGUGAAUGAUGAACGGACGACACUCCUCGCGGAUCCCGAUGAUAAUGCUGCAAGUCGGGACGGUCACCCCCUUGACUCGUUCUCUUCGGGUGUGGCCGUGAUAAUGGAAAUGGGAUUCUUUACUACAAUACGAAACCAAUGGGUAUACUCGACUAGACCGCAGCGACCAACGGGUUAUGUACCAUCAUCGGAGACGGCUACAUUCCUUCGACAGCGUUUCGGGCUGCAAGUUGGGACGGAUGGCCGAAUUGUUCGAGUGAAUGCAUCGACCUGA